CCUUUUCGAUUGCUAUUCACGUGGGAAAGCAAUCAAACAACAAAAUGCCUAAAAUUAAAGCGGAAAAGAAAACAAGGGUUCACAAUGAAAUCGCUAAACAAGGCAUCCAGUUCAACAAAGACUUCGGUCAGCAUAUCCUUAAGAACCCGCUCAUAAUAACGUCCAUGUUAGACAAAUCCGGCUUGCGACCAACAGAUGUAGCACUUGAAAUUGGUCCUGGUACUGGUAACAUGACAGUAAAACUACUGGACAGAGUAAAAAAAGUUAUAGCCUGUGAAAUAGAUACCAGACUUGUAGCUGAAUUACAAAAGCGUGUCCAAGGCACGCCUUACCAAGCCAAACUCCAAAUCCUUGUAGGAGAUGUGCUUAAGACAGAACUGCCAUUCUUCGACAUAUGUGUAGCCAACAUCCCGUACCAGAUCAGUUCUCCGCUGGUGUUUAAGCUGCUGCUGCACCGGCCGUUCUUCCGGUGUGCAGUGCUCAUGUUCCAGCAGGAGUUUGCUCAGAGGCUGGUGGCCAAGCCGGGGGACAAACUGUACUGCAGACUGUCUAUAAACACACAGCUGUUGGCCCGAGUUGACAUGCUAAUGAAGGUUGGCAAAAACAACUUCAGACCUCCUCCCAAGGUGGAGUCCAGUGUUGUCCGGAUAGAGCCGCGCAACCCGCCUCCCCCCAUCAACUUUGUGGAGUGGGACGGCCUGACGAGGAUAGCGUUUGUCAGGAAAAACAAAACACUGGCAGCCGCCUUCAAGCAUGCCACCACUAUGGCUGUGUUGGAUAAGAACUACAGGGUACACUGCUCUUUGCACAAUAAGGAAAUCCCAGAGGACUUUGACAUAAAACAGAAGGUUCAAGAGAUCCUCACAAAUGCUGAAGCUGACCAGAUGCGAGCGCGGACCAUGGACAUCGACGACUUCAUGAAGCUGUUGCAUGCCUUCAACUCGGAGGGAAUACAUUUUGCUUGAAAA